AUGACAGCUAGUUGUCGUGUGACUAGCUGUCAAAGGUUCGGAGAGGGACAGCAGGGACAGCAGGGACAGGCCGGGACAGGGUCACCACACCCUCUCUGCUGCUGCUGCUGGCCUGCUGCAAGUCGUAACCACCACCCAAACAGGUAUAGAUCCACAAGUAAGGUAGAAGGAACUGUGACCGGAGAUAAGACAGCUGAAAGGAAAAUCCCGAGGCAGAUCGGCAUCUCGGAGGAUGGCAUGAGCGAGGCUGAUGAUCCCGGAUUGACAGCUUGGUAUACUAUUUUGAGGAUGGAUCGGAUGUGCCAUUGCAGGGAUUCGAUGUGUUUAUCUGAUGGGAUGACUGAGAUGUACACAGCAUGUAUGGCUGCUGCGUGGCUGCAUGUGAAUAAUCCGACAGCACCCCGUAGUGUUCAUGAGGUCCAAGCUCCCAAGGUCCAAGCUCGCCAGAACGAUGAGACAGGUUCCAUACCCAAACGUUCUGGAACAAGGCAAUGGAUCGCAGGCGCCACUAGGAUCCAUGAUAUGAGAAAGUCCAAAGGCCGAAACGACAGGGGAUCGUGGUUAGGAGAGCCGCACUGUUCCGCUGAGUCAUCGGAGGGACGAGAGUGA